AUGGAGACUACCAGAGAGAAGCUAGAAGGGAGGCCAGAGAGAACAGGACACCCCGCACACAUCGAUAUCCAGCCAGCGACGACAAGGAGAAGCGGCACAGUAGCGGACAUCAAGCAAGAACAAGAGCUUCAGCACAUCGGAACACUUGAACGAAAACUGAAGUCGCGGCAUGUUCAGUUUCUGGCUCUAUCGGGAGCCAUCGGCACUGGGCUUUUCGUCGGCAGCGGCCAAGUUCUGUCGCUGGCCGGGCCGUUGUCCGCCUUCAUCUGCUAUGCGGUAACCGGGCUCAACCUCUACUGCGUGAUCAACUGCCUCGGUGAGAUGGCUGCAUGGCUUCCGAUUCCGGGAGCUGUGCCAAUCUUUGCUGCGCGGUAUCAAUUCGCCAUCGGUGUCCCGAUCGAAGUCACCGUCUCGGUGGUCAUCCUCGACUAUUGGGACCACGCCAUCCCACAAGCCGCUCUCAUCACCAUCUUCUUUGCAGCGAUGGUCCUCGUAAAUUGUCUUCCGGUCCGCAUUUAUGGCGAAGCAGAGUUCUUCUUCGGCGCCAUCAAACUCACCACAAUCAUCGGCCUCAUCAUCCUAAUGUUCAUCAUCACCGUGGGUGGCGGGCCAAGUGGAGACGCCAUCGGCUUCCGCUACUGGCACGACCCCGGCCCUAUGAAUGAGUACCUCCGGCCCGGCGCCCUCGGUCGUUUCCUUGCCUUCUGGAAAGUCUUCAUCCAAGCUACUUUCUCUUACGGCGGCAGCGAAAUGGUCGUCGUCGCGUCUGGUGAGACUGAGAACCCACGCCGCAAUAUUCCAAAGGCAAUUCGCCGCGUCUUUUGGCGCAUCGCGAUAUUCUAUGUCUUCGCCAUCUUCCUCGUCGGGCUGUGCGUCUCUUCAGGGGACCCUAACCUGCUCAACGCAAUCAGCAGCAGCAGUCCCGGCGCCGCGCAGAGCCCCUUUGUCAUCGCUAUCAGCAACGCCGGCAUCGGAACGCUGCCCUCCAUCAUCAACGGCGCGAUCCUCAGCAGUGCCUGGAGCGCCGGCAACAGCUUCUUCUACGCCUCCACGCGGGUCCUCUACGCUGCUGCACUCGAUGGCAAGGCGCCUGCGAUCCUUAAGUGGGAGCGCUUCGGCGUACCGUACGCCUGCGUCGCUGCUACAUCGGCGCUGGGGUGCUUGGUCUACCUCAACGUGAACAAUCGCGCCGCCGAGGUGUUUUUCUGGAUCAGCAACCUCAGCGCCGUGAGCACGCUGAUUGUGUGGGCUAGCGUGUGCUAUACCUACAUACGGUUCUACCAGUGCCUGCGACAUAAUGGUAUCGAUCGCGAUACGUUGCCGUACAAGGCCCCGAUGCAGCCGUUUCUUGCGUACUUUGCUAUUGUUUUCUGUCUCGUCGUUGCGUUCUUCAACGGGUUUGAUGCGUUUUUCCCAGGGCGGUUCAGUGCCAAGACGUUUUUGCCGCCGUACAUCGACAUUCCAAUCUUCCUGUCACUUUUUCUAGGCUACAAGUUUGUCAAGAAGACCAAGUUCGUAAAAAUUUCCGAGAUGGAUAUCUGGUCGGGCAAGGCGGAGAUUGAUCGGCUUGAGCCGACGUGGCCGGUGGUGAAGCCUCGCAACUGGUUGGAACGGAUUUGGUUUUGGAUCGCGUGA